GUCUGGGUUCAUUGCAUGUACAGAACUCUGCUUUCUCUUCUACCUCUCAUCAUUCCUCCCUCUAGAAAAUAAUGAUUUAAUAAUAUGUAAAAAAAAGUUGGAAAUAACCCAACAUCGCACCUGCCUGUAAAUGCAAACAAAGAAUGAUAAAUACAGCAAAGAAAAAGCCAAAGUGGCCACCCACCCUGAAAAUCCAUAGAUACAUUGUAUAAACACCCCACCCCCCAUUAGCCUCUGACCCAAUUCUUUGCUUUCCAUUAUUUUCUGAUUCAUUUUUUGCCCUUCUUGAUAGGGUUUCUCCAUGACCUAUUGCCUCUCAGCUUUCUGAUGCAUUCAGUUCUUCAGCCUCUACAAUUCAUAAUCACACUGUUGUUAUUCAUCAGUCUGUCACUUUUUGCUCUCUUUGGAGGGGUUUUUGGUCUCUUGCCAUCAAGAUUCGAUCUUUAUAGGAUUUCCCAGUUACAUACAUGUCUAAGCUCUUUGAAUUCAGUGGUGUUGAUGAUUUUUGCCUUGGAGGGCCAGUCUACCCUAAUCAAAAGGACUCUCUCCUCUUCUUGUCUCUCGGCCACCAAGCAGAUGUGUUUUUUCCCUCUCGCAAGAGGUCUCGCAUCAGCGCACCUUUUGUAUUUCGUGGACAAGAAUUCCAACAGAAAAAGUCGGAAGCUUCCAUUGACGUCCUUCCGGAUGAAUGUCUCUUUGAGAUUCUCAGACGCCUGCCUGGUGGGCAGGAAAGAAGUGCCUGUGCUGGCGUAUCCAAACGCUGGCUCAUGCUUCUAAGUACUGUCAGCAGAGAUGAAAUAACCACUGCUGAUGAAAACAACAGCAAACCCUCAGAAACGAAUGAAAGGGCAAAUCCGUCCAUUGCUCAACCAGACCUUUCUGUCAAGUCUGAUAAUAAGAAGGAUGAGGUUGUCCUCCCUAGUAAUGUUCUGGAAGGUGAGGUGGAGGUUGAAGGUGGAAAUGAGGAUUGUGGGUUUCUCUCGAGGUGCCUUGAUGGGAAGAAAGCUACAGAUCUUAGACUUGCAUCUAUUGCUCUGGGGAUCACCAGCCGUGGAGGAUUGGGUAAGUUAUCCAUCCGUGGAAGCAAAUCUUCCAGCGUGACGGAUUUGGGCCUCAAGGCUAUCGGUCGAGGUUGUCCUUCCCUCAAAUCUCUUUCUCUCUGGAACUUAUCAAACAUAAGUGACGAAGGGUUACUAGAGAUUGCAAGUGGGUGCCAUCUGAUAGAGAAGCUGGAUCUUACCCAAUGCCCGAGAAUCACAGAUAAGUCUUUGACUGCAAUUGCCAAAAACAACCCCAAUUUGACUUCUGUGACCAUAGAAUCUUGUUUGAACAUUGGAAAUGAAAGUUUGCAGUCUGUUGGUAAAUACUGCCUGAAUUUGAAGUCCAUAACAGUGAAGAGCUGUCCACUUAUCGGAGAUCAGGGACUUGCAAGUCUUUUCACAUCAGCUGGUAUGCAUCUCACCAACGUCAAACUCCAGUCUUUAAGCCUAAGUGACAUCUCCCUAGCAGUUAUUGGACAUUAUGGCGUUGCUUUGACCGAUCUGAAUCUGGCCAGUCUUCAAAACAUAAAUGAGAAAGGAUUCUGGGUCAUGGGUAAUGGUCAGGGUCUACAGAAUUUGAGGUCACUAGUGGUGGCAUCUUGCUUGGGAGUAACGGAUUUGGGAGUGGAAGCUUUGGGAAAAGGUUGCCCAAACUUGAAACAAAUUUGUUUCCGAAAAUGCCCUUUUCUGUCCGACAAUGGAGCGGUGUCUCUUGUGAAAUUUGCCUCAUCUCUUGAGAGCCUACAGUUGGACGAGUGCCACAGGAUCACCCAGGCAGGUGUUUUUGGCAUCCUUAUACUCUCUUGCGGGAAACUGAAAGCUCUCUCUUUAGAGAACUGUUUUGGAAUCAAAGAUUUGGCAUUUGGCAUGAAUCCUGCUGCUAUGUUGUCCUCCCCUUGCAAGUCUCUCAGAUCAUUGUCAAUUUCUAACUGCACUGGAUUUAACGAUGACAUCCUUGUGAUUUUGGGCAGAAUAUGCCCUAAUUUGGUGAAUGUGAACAUCAGUGGGCUCCAUGGUGUUACGGAUAAUGGGCUUCUCCCCUUUGUUCAAGGAUGUGAUGCGGGUUUGGUCAAGGUGAACCUAAGCGGGUGUGUUAAUGUGACCGACAAGACCAUUUCAACCAUGGUUAAAAUACACGGAGAGACACUUGAGCUGCUAAAUCUUGAUGGGUGUGGAAGAGUUACUGAUGAGAGUUUAUAUGCAAUUGCAGAACAUUGCUCCGUGCUGCGUGAAUUUGAUGUGUCUAAAUCUAGGGUUAGUGAUUCCGGGAUUGCGGCUUUGGCGGUCGGUCCGGUUCAGACCACUAUUCAGAUCCUUUCCCUCUCUGGGUGUACUUCGGUGUCAGACAAGUGCUUGCCUUACCUGUGUAAGGUGGGGUCCAGUCUCACAGGAUUGAACAUUCAGAGUUGCCAUGGAAUCAGCCAGCAUGGUGUUGAUAUGCUAGUUGAAAGGCUCUGCAGGUGUGAUAUCCUUACCUGAUUGAGGAUAGUGAUUGUUGUUUGGUUAUGUUCUUGGUAGUAUACUUUUUGGGUCUGCCUUGGGUUGUGGGUCCGGAGUUUCAGCUCCUUUUUCCAGGAAAUGUGGCCUUUUUUUCAACUUCCGGAAGCUUCUGGAAGCUGUUUCAAGAACUUUUUUUCUCUCUCCGGUGAUGGGAGGGAUUCGUUCUUCAUGGCCAUACUUUUCUGUGAUUAAUACAGAUGCUGGGAAUUCUGGAUCUAAUAGGCUCUUGGUGUUCCUCUUCAGGUUUUAACUUCUGUUCAUGAAAAGAAAAGAAAAAAAAAGGUUUUAGCUUAAUGCUUGUAGUCUGGCUUUGGUUGAAAGAUUUAUAUAUAAUCUCCUGGUGUGUUUGGCUUCCUAGUUUUUAUUGUGUGUUACCAUGGGGUUGAACCUAUCUGUGUUGCUUUUCGUGGUCGGUUUGGUUGCUUGCUUGCUUUGGCAGUUCUUAAAUCCGAUGCUUUUGCUUUCCGGGGGCAUUGGCUGGGGCAGCGAUGGGAGUUCUACUCUUUGUGGUCUGCCUCAACAACCUUUGUGGUUGUUUUAUUUAUCUAUUUUCCCAAUCCCUAGUUUUGCAAGCAUCUCUUGUUUAGCUGCAUUCUCUCGUUUUAAUAUGUAAUAAUAAUGUAGCAAAGUUGGAAGUGCUACUUGUUGUAUUUGUAUUCUAUUGUGUGUUGUGUAUUCUCUUUGGGGGAAAACCCAUCGUGUAAUGGAAUUGGCUUUGGUAUUGUGUAACUUGUGUUUGUAUAUCUCACCCUUUACUUUUCGAUGUGCA